UACAUAAGUAUUUGCUGUGACGAAAGUGAGUGACUAACUAGUUAUUAGUUACCGAGUGUUACGACAUUUUGACAAACCAUGACUAAAAGAAAAGCACUAUAAGUGUCUAUAACUAUCAUUAUAUUCUUUAAUCACUAUUCAUACUUACCAGGCUAUUAAUUUUAAUAAUGAAUAAAUAAUUACUAAUAAGACACCCAAAAUGACGAGUAAAUGAGUAAUCGUUUAACAUUCGUACGGUGUCAGUGAAAUGUUUGAUUAAAUUGUAUGUAAUUUAUAAUAUUAAAGUAAUAUCGUCAUUUAUCACUAGGUACCUUGAUUACAGAAUUAUAGCAGUUUUACGUCUCUUUGAGUUAAAUUUUUUUGCUAUUGACGACUCGUGUAGAUUUUAUAGUUUUAUAAAAUGAGUUAUACAAAUAAAGUUAUUCAUAGUGGAUAUUUUAACGACACUCUUAGACAAUGGCAGUGCCAAAACACUCAAAUUACCUCUUUAAAUUUAAUGUAUCCUAUUUUCAUUUUAGAUGAAAAAGAUGUAAGAGAAGAAAUAAAAUCAAUGCCAGGUAUCUAUCGACAAGGAUUAAAUCAUAUCAAAGCCUUGUUGGAUCCAGUUGUUGAGUUAGGCCUUAAAUCUAUCUUAAUUUUUGGCGUGAUCAAUAAGCUAUCAAAAGACCAAUAUGGAACACAUGCUGAUUCUCUUGAAAAUCCAGUUAUUCAAGCUUUACCAUUAUUAAAGGAAUGGUACCCAAAUCUUGUGAUAGCUUGUGAUGUAUGUUUAUGUCCAUAUUCAUCUGAUGGACAUUGUGGAAUAAUUGAAAACAAACAAAUAGACAAUGUAAAAAGCAUAAAAAGGAUAGGAGAAAUAGCAUUAUCAUAUGCUCUUGCUGGUGCAGAUAUUGUGGCUCCAUCUUGUAUGAUGGAUGGGCAUGUAACAGCUAUUAAACAAAGUUUAAUGAAAGAGAAUUUGUUGAGUCGAGUUAGUGUUUUAUCAUAUUCGGCAAAAUUUUGUUCUGUAUUUUAUGGACCAUUCAGGGAUGCUGCAAAUUGUGCACCAAGUUUUAGUAAUCGCUCUUCAUAUCAAAUUCCUGUAGGAAGUUCAAGCAUUGCAGAAAGAGUGGUGGAUAGAGAUAUCUCUGAAUCUUGUGAUAUGACUAUGGUUAAACCUGGUAUGAUGUACUUAGACGUAGUAAGAAAAGUUAAAGAUAAACAUCCAAAUAUACCAAUAUUUAUUUAUCAGGUAUCUGGAGAAUAUGCAAUGUUAUAUUAUGCAGUACAAGCUGGUGUAGUACAAUUAAAAGAGGGUUUAGUUGAAAUUUUAAGAAGUAUGCGACGAGCCGGUGGUGAUGUGAUUGUGACUUAUUAUACUCCAGAAAUCUUAAAUUGGUUAAAAGAUGUAUCAAUAUUAUAAAUAAUAUGUAUUAUACUGUUUACUCUGGUAUAAUUUUUCUAGUAUUAUAGGUUUUUUUUUUUUGUUUCACUGGUAAUAUGUCCAAAGGUUAUAUUGGUUGUCUAUUUGGCACAUGUUUUAUUUUUAUCUGUUGUGUAUAAUAUAGGUAAUGGUGAUCUCUUUCUCUAGACAGUCUCUUGUAUAGAAAGAGAUAAUAUAUGUCGUUUACUCAUACCAUCAACAAUAUAUAUUGGAGUCAAUGCCUAAAGUUUAAGAUAAACUUGGUAUCCAUUGCUCUAUGGCUAAAAGUUUUUAACUUAAUUUGUCAAGUAUUUAUUAUACAGCCAAAAAAAAAUAACUACUGGUGCUCAUGUUAACUUUAAGAACUAAUUAUAUAAAUAUAUCUAUAAACAUAGGUAUAUGAUUCAUUUGAUAUUUCUAUAUGGAGCACUAAAAAAUAUUUUUUUCUAGUAAUUUCAUAUGUAACCUUUCAGAAGCCUUAGACUAACCAGUAAAUCUUAAAACUGCCAUAGUCCACUUAGCUCUUAUGUCUCAUAGUUAAUUUAAUUUAGAUAAAUAUAUUUGUUGAUAAUUUAAUAAUGGUUGAAAAUAAAAAAAUUGUUACUUCGUAA